AUGGGUAAUGCGAACAGAAAAGAUAUAAGUCAUAAAGAGUAUGAUGAAAAUUUUAUAAAUAUCGAGUGUGCUGAAGAAAAUAAAAAUAUAAAAAAUAAAAAAUUCAUAAAUAUUAAUAUUAAUAAUAAUAAUAAUAAUAAUAAUAAUGAGAGUAGUGUAAAGAAUGACAAUAUUGUUAAUAAUAAUAAUUUUAUAAAUCCUGAUAAAAAACAAAAGAAUGUAAUAUUAAAUGAUGAUAAUGAUGAUAUAAAAAAUAAAGAAUUAGUAGAUGAAAGUUUUGUGAAUAUAUUUUUUUAUGAAAAUUAUUUUAAAAACCUUUUUAAUUUAAAUGACGUAAGUAAUAAUAAAGUUUUAAAUAUUAUUGAAGGAAAAGAUGGAGAUGAAAAAAAUGUAGAUAAUAAUUUAAAAAAUAAAAAUAUUGUAAGAGAUAAUAUAAAUAAAAUAAAGAAUACAAGAAAUGUAAAUGAAAUAUUAAUAUAUAAUAAUAAAUAUAUGAUUAAUUUUUUAAAUGAUACUACAAAAUGUAAAAUAGAUAUUGCUAAUUUUAUUUCUUUCUAUUUUUUCUUUCUACAUAUGAAAGAUAUCUUAAAUAAAAAUAAUGAUAAUGAAUUAAAUGAUAACAAAAAAGCAUACCAUAAAGAUAUCUCUAAUAUCAAAUAUAUAUAUAAAAAAAUUAAGACAUCCAAAAAAUACAUUUCAUCUAAUGAUAUGGAUACUUGUAUAAGGAAUUAUUUAUAUCAUAUUGAUAAGAAAAAUUAUCCUAUUAUUAAAAAAAAAAAAUGUCCUUUCUUAAACAAUCCAAAUGUUUUAUAUAAUAAAAGAGGUUAUAUGACCUCAUGUCCUUUAGGGGUAAUCUCAAAAAUAAAGAAUAAAACAAAAAUUUCUGCUAACAUUAAAUCGAAGAAGGAAAGAAAUGAUAGGUAUAUGUUUAAUAAUAUGAUAAAUAAAGAGAAUAAUAUGAAUGUUAAACGAGACCUUAUAAAUAAUAAUAAUAAUAAUAAUAAUAAUAACUUAAUUAAUGUCGAUGCGUGUUGGUCGCCUGCGCAUGAUAAUAGCUUUUUGAAUAUGGAUGAAGAAGAAUUUAAAAUGUUAAAAAAAUAUUUGAAAGAUAUCAAAUGUGAGGGAAAAAAAAAAGGUAAGAAAGGAUAUAAUAACUCCAGCAACUUUAUAUCACACGGUGUUAGAUUAGGUGCUACAAGAUCUAGAAUUAGAGGGAAAUGUCUAUUAAAAAAUAAGAAGAUGCAUAUGUAUGAUAAUAAUUAUGGUCAUGUAAAAGACAUUGAACAGGAGAGAAUGAAACAAAUACAAACAGAUGAUAAUCAAGAAUUUAAAAAUAAAAACAGUACGCAUAAGGAUGAUUAUAAAGAAAGUGGAAUCACUGAAGAUUUUAGUAAUAAGAGAAAACAUAAUAGUGAUAAUAAGAAAAAGGAAGCUAAUAUGUGUAGUAAUGAAAAUGUUGAUAAUAAUAUUGGUCUUACAAAAAAAAAAUAUAUAUAUAAAAAUAAAAAAAAAAAUAACAAUGAUAUUGAUAAUUUUGAAUCUGGUAGUGGUUCAUAUGAUAAUUCUUCAUUUGACAGUAAUGUGAUUAAUGAUAAGAUAAAAGACAAAGAAAAAAAAAAAAGUAAAGAAAUUAAAUGCAUGGUAGAUAAGAAUAAUAAUGCAGAAAAUGAUGCUAACAAAAAAUAUGACACAUCGUAUUCUUAUUAUAUAAAGAAUACAUUGUCUAAGGUAUUUUAUAAAAAUUAUGUAAGGAGAAAAGGAAAAGUAAAACAACAUAAAAAUAAAUAUAACAACAACAACAACAAUAGCAACAAUAAUAAUAAUAAUAAUAAUAUUAAUAAUAAUAAUGAUGAUGUAGAUAGUGAGAAUAUAUUGUUAGAUGAGAAGAAAGAAAAAGCGGAUCCUAUGAAUUUAGGUAUUUCCUUUUCACCUGCAGGUUUAUUAAUACCUUAUCAUCUAGGUGUCAGCAGUUUAUUAAUAGAAAAAAAUAUAUUAAAUAUGCAUACUAGUAUUGCUGGUUCUUCAGCUGGAAGUAUUUGUGCAUGCUGUUUGAGUGUAGGAUUAAGUGUAAAUAAAUGUUAUUUUUUAAUAGAAAAUAUUAUUAGUAAUGUAUAUAAACAUGGAUGUUAUCAGAAACUUGAGAAUAUAUUAAAUAUAGAAUUAAAUAAAUAUUUAUAUGAAGAUAGUUAUGUUUAUUUAAACAAUCGUAUAGGAAAUGUGUUUGUAGGUAUAACACAAAUUUUACCUUAUUAUAAAAAAUUAAAUAUAAAUAAUUUUUAUGAUGAUAAUGAUUUAAUAAGUGCUAUUAUAGCAUCAUGUAAUAUACCUAUGUAUUUAUCUAGUAAUAUAUUUGUAAAUUUUAGAAAUAAAAAAUGUAUUGAUGGUUUUUUUAGUACCAAGAAAAAAGAUUUUGGAUGUCCAAAUACUAGAACAGAACGUAUUAUUAAGGUAUCUCCAUUUGAUUCUGAUUAUGUAGGUAUAGGUAAUAAAAAUAAUAGUGUCAUCAGUCCUCACCUAAUAAAAUAUAAUCAUAUACUUUUUCUUUUUAUUUGUGUAAAGAAUAUAUUUCAUAAGUAUAUAAACAAUUUAUGGAUAGAGAAGGAUUAUCUAUUUUUAAUUGAAAAUUUGAAGGAUAUAUUGGAAAGGAAAAUAUUUGAUUAUUACACGUUUGUUAAGAGAUACUUUACUUUUUUAAGAAAAAAUGAAACCAUAGAUGAGAAAUAUGAGGAGGAAGAAGAGGAUGAAAAAUAUGACGACGAUGAUUGUGACGAUGGUGGUAAUAAUCGUGGUCACGAUGAUGAUAACUAUGAUGGUAACUAUGAUGAUAACCAUGAUAGUGAUAAUGAUGAUGACGAUGAUAGUGAUAGUGAUGAUGAUGAUAAAAUCACAACUAAUAAGGAGAAGAAAAAAGAGAAAAAAAAAAAAAAAAUUAAUAAAAUUUUUAACAAUAUAAAUAGUUCUGUUGGUGUAACCGAAAAAGAUUUUAUAAGCACAUCAAUUGUUGCUAGCUUUGCAAAUAUGAAAAGACAAAUGAAUGAAAAAAUAGAAAAACGAAAAAAUGAAAAGAAAGAAAAGAAAGAGAAGAAAGAGAAAGAACAAAGACAGAAUAUGAAUAAAUGUUCAAAAAAUCGAAGUAAGAAUAGAUAUAUACAUAAUAAUAGUAAUAUACCUUUAUUAAAUUCAAUGAGAAUUAAAUUUAAAAAUUUAAAUUAUAUGAAUAUGAAUUCUUUUGAAAUUGAAUUAUAUUUAAAAAUAAAUAAUGAUAUAUUUUUACAGUUUAAUAAACAUAAUUAUAAUGUACAGAAUUUUUAUAAUUUCUCUAUAACUUUAAUAAAUAUUAUGAAUAAAUAUUAUUCAGAAAAUUUUUAUGCACAUAAUUUAGAAAAAAUAGUAUAUAAAUUUUUAUUAAAUAAUACAAAUUUUGAAGAUAUAGAAAAACAAUAUUCUUCAAAAGAAGGUAUGAAUGAAAUGGAUGUCCUAGUUAAUACAUAUGAUUUGAAAUAUGAUAAAAUAAUAGAGUUUUUAAAAUAUAAUGCAUAUUUAAAAAUUGAUAGAUAUAUAUAUUUUCACCCGAAACUUAAAACAGAUAUUAUAUUAUUUUUCUUUAAAGAAAUAUUUUUAAAUGAUAAUAUUUUAAAAAUUGAUAGGAAAUUUUUAAAAAGAAAUAUAACGAUAAUGAUAGAAGUAUUAAAAGAAAUAUUUUUUAAAGAAUAUGUGAAAAGAUGUAUAACAAAGGUAAUAUUUUUUCCUAUAAAUAUGAAACACCAGGAUAAUGGAAUAAAUAAAAAUUGUUAUAAUAACAAAUAUGUAAAUAAUAAUAAUAUGUUUAAUACACAUGAUAAUCAUUAUUAUAAUAAUCAAAAUAAUGAUAAUCCUUAUUAUUAUCAUGAUUAUAAUGAUUCACAUAAUAAUAAAUAUUUUAAGAAUAAGAAUAAAAAUAAAUUAAUGUAUGAAAAGGAAAGGAAAUCAUCUUUUUUAUUCAUAUCAAAUAAUGUUCAAGAUGUAAAACCUAUAAAACAUUAUUUAAAAUAUAGUAGUAUAUAUAAAAAUUUUAUUUAUAUUAUAAGUGAAAUAAAAAAUUUUAAUAAUAAGAUAACCAAAAUUAAUAGAUAUAAUUAUUAUAAUUUUAUGAAUUUAAAUAUUGACGAUUUGAAUGAUGCUUAUUUGUUUUUAUAUGUUUAUUUAUAUUCAAAUGUAUAUUAUAAGAGUUUUUUCUCAUUGAUGAAUAUGCAAUAUAGGGAUUACCUUCUCAGGGCUAGGAAAUUAUCUCGACAAGAAAAUAUGAUAUCGACAAAAGAUGGCUCUACUGAAAAAAAUAAUAACAUUAACAAUAAUAAUAAUAUUAAUAUUUCUAGUAAAGACAAUAAAGGAAAUAUUACAACUAAUGAUAAUAGUUGUACAAAAGAAAAAGAAAAAAAUAGAAACAUUUUUAAAAAAUGGAAUUCAAAGGAUUUGAAAAAUAACUCGAACAAUAAUGUCGCAACGAAUAAGCUAGCUAAAACGUUUUCAGGAAUUUGGCUAGAUAAAAAAAAAAAAAAAAAUGACAAAACGAAUGAGACAAAUGAGAUAAAUGAGACAAAAGAGAUAAAUAAAACAUGUGAGACAAAUAAAACAAGUGAGACAAAUAAAACAAGUGCGACAAAUAAAACAAAUGUAACAAAUAAAAAAAAUGUAACAAAUAAAAAUGAUCAAGGUAAUAUAGAGAAAAAUAUAACACAAAAUAAAUGUGCAAUAUAUAAUGAAAAAAGAGAACUCAAUAUGGAUAGUAGUAUAAAAAAAGAAAUAACAGAAAAGGAAGAUAAUAAUAUAAAUAUAGAUUGUGUUCAAAAUGAUAAGAAUAUUAAUAAUAAUUUGAAGUAUAUAGAAAAUAAUAGAACACAUGAAAUAAAGAAAGAAUUAUAUAGAAACGAUAUGUAUAAUAGUGGGAUCAUUAAUUUUGAUAUUAACAAUGAAUAUUUUUUUCGUAAUUUAAAUAAUAUGAAUGAUAACCAAUUUUUUAAAUAUACAUUGUUGGAUAAUAAUGAUAAUGUGAUUGAUCAUAUAAAUAAUAAGGAUAAUAUAGAUUAUAAUAAAUAUUUCUACAAGUUCGAGAACCUGAUUAUUUUUAAUUAUGAUUUUAGUUUGAUUACAAAAAUUGAUGAAUUUUAUCAAUCAAAUAGAUAUAAAAUAUUUGAUAUAAAUAAGAAAAAGAAAAAGGAAAUAUUUUAUCAUUUAUAUUAUAUAUAUAUAUGUUAUAGGGAUAUUUUAUUUUUAUUGAAGUUUGUUUUUACAUUAAAUUUUUGUGAGAACACAAAAUAUAAAUUUUUAAAAAAAAGAAAAUGUCCAUACAAAAGGAAAUAUAAAGAUAUGAGGGAUUCUCAUUUUAAUUUGCAAAAGGAACAAGGAGGAGGAUAUAUAAAUGUGGGAGGACAUAUGAAAGGAGGAGAAAAAAUAAAUGUGGAGCAACAUAUAAAUGUAGGAGGAGAUAAAAAAAAGAACCUUCAAAAUAUACAAUAUAAUAAAAAUAAUGAUGUUGAAAAGAUAAGAGAAAAUAUGAAUGAACAUAUUAAAAAUGGAUAUGCUAAUACAUAUGGGAAUAUUUACGGAUAUACGCACAAUAAUAAUGAUAACAUUUUAUAUAAUAGGAGUGAAUUAGAGAAGGGUCGACAAAUUAAUAUGUUAAACAAUCCAACAUUUUCUUCAAAUAUUGAUGAGACAUUCAUGGAUAGUGCUUCUGAUGUUAAUGAUUAUGAUAUAGAUAAUAAAAGAGGGCAACAGCAUUUUUAUGACAUGUGUGAGCAUAUAAAGAAACCACAAAAUAAUGGAGUUCAUAAUAUUUAUCAUAAUAAUAAUAAUCUUUAUGGUGAUGAUAGUAUGAAUUAUCUUACUUCAAAUACAGGAAAAGGGACACCUAGAAGAUUAUUAGAAGAAUCAAAUAAUGAUGAAUAUAAUUCUGUUACUUUAUCUCAAUCAGAAUAUUUAAGAAAGAAAGGAUUAAAAUAUCUAGAAGGUAAUGAUAGUGAUUUUGUUGAGGAAUUAAAAACAAAUAUUGAAGAUGAGUUAUAUGAUAAAUAUAAAACUUAUUUUGUUAAGAAUGUAUAUUCUAUGAGGAAAUUAUUUAAAAUAGCUUUAGAAGGUGCUGAAGAAAAAGUUAUAAAAAAAAUUUAUGAUUUAGGAAGGAGUGAUGCACAUUUAUGGUUAUUUGUAGAAUAUUUAAAUGUUGGAAUAUAUUUAUAUAAAAGAAUAUAUACAAUAUAUAUUAAAUUACUUACAGUUUUUGAAUCUUUAAUAUAUUUAACAAAUAUAAAUAAAAAAAAAAAAAAAAUGGAUAUAUCAACUCUUCUUUCAUCAAUUGAAUAUUCUGUAAUAUAUAUUAAUGGUAAUCCUUUUGAUUUAUUUAAACUUUGUAAUUUGCUUGUUUUAUGCUAUACAUAUUAUAAUAUACCUUAUAUGAAAACCCAAACGUGUGUACUCAAUAAUAACGAUGAUAAUAAAUUAGACAAUGUGCAUGAUAAAAAUGUGGUUAAUAAGGAGACAUUAGAUGAAGAUAAUACUUCGAAUAAAUUAAAUAAGAAUGAUAAGACAUAUGAGAAAUUAAGAAAAAAGGAUGAGCACAAAAAAAAAAAAAAAAAAAAAAAAAAUAGCACUUCAAGUAUUGAUAUGGAUAUUAAUAAUUAUAAAAAGGGUAGUAUACAUGUAAGACAAAAUGGUGAUUAUAAUAAUAAGAAAGACGACAAUAUAAAUAGUGAUCAUAACAUAAAAAGAAAGAAUCGUAUUAAAAAAAUAAAUAAAGAAAGAAAUAAUAAAGAAAAAUUAAAAAGAAGUAUAAGUUUACCAUUAAAUUUAAAAAGAACUGUUGUAAAAAUUGUUAAUUUAAAAAAUAAAAUAAAUUUAAAUAAAAAUAUCAUAGAUGCUAUUAAUAAUGAUAUAUUAAAAGGAACACCAUAUGAACACAUAUAUACACAUUCUAAUUUUUGGAUAUAUUCUUCAUCAGAUGAAAGUGAUACAUAUAAUUGUUCAAAUGAUUAUUAUUUAAAUAAUGUAGAUCAUGGUAGUAAAGAAUUUGAUAAUAUUUUUGAUCAAAUGUCAGAUGAAUUAGAUAAUUUUUCACGCAUUUCGAAUUUUUUUAAAACUUUCAAAAAUCUAGAUAACAGUUUGAGUUUAUCUGGGUAUUUUGGUUUUUAG